CUUCUUUUUCUAUCUUUGCCCGCAAAUGGGGACCCGGAAAUUUAGAAUGCCGACUAAAGGUAGACGUAUUAUUCAUCAUCUGUUCGUAUUUAGCGCACACGACUAGUCACUUGGUCUUGUCGCAGUUGUCAUUGGUAUACCGGGUCACCGAGAUACCGUACAGCAGGCCGCGGACGCCGACACGGCACGCCUAACAGUAUGCCUCCAAGGUAACAUAAAGUAACUCAACAUCGGCUAUGAUAAUGCGACAACUUUUCAUAUCGUAUCAAGUCACUCGAAAGACCACCACUCAACCCCCAUAACCUGUCAUGACUUCUCCAGUUCUCGUUUUCGGCCCCACUGGAGGGGUGGGUGGCGCUGCUGCCAUUGAAGCACAUAGGCGCGGUGCCACAGUCUAUCUCGGUAUGCGGGACACGAAGAAAGAAUUGAAGGGAAUUGAAGGAGACGGAAACAACUACGUCCGCGUUCAAGCUGAUUUAGCCAAGCCCGAGACGAUCAAACACGCCGUCGAGACGUCCGGUGCAAAGACAGCCUUUGUGUAUGUCGUACAUGAGAUCAAGGACGGCAUGCGACGCAGCUUCGAAGCGCUGAAGGAGUCCGGUAUAACAUAUGUUGUACUCUUGUCUUCGUUCAAGGUCAAAGAUCCCCUAACCUCGGAUACCAACAAGAAGGACAAGAUAGCCGCUUUCCACGCCGCGGCUGAAGGCGCACUGAGAGAGACGGGCAUCACAUACACGGCCGUACGACCUGCGUGGUUCAACACCAACAUAUUUUGGAAUCUUGGGGACAUUAAAAAGGGCGAAGUCGAGCUCCUCUAUCCCAACGUAGUGUAUGACUACCUCGCCCCUUCAGACAUCGGCACGGUGUGUGGUGCACUUCUCACAGUGCCACGUUUUGAGAAAGAAGCGGGACAGUCAAUCUAUUUGUGCGGUCCAAAGAUUAUGAACCAACGUGAAGGCUUUGGUGUUGUUAGCAAAGCAUUGGGGAAAGAGAUCAAGAUCAAAGAGAUUGACGAGGAGAGGUAUUUCGAGAAGUUUGGCUACAUUCCCAGGCCGAUACUCGACACACUGGUGCAGGGGAUGAGAGAAAGCAACGCGGGAAGCGACGCUUAUAGUGAGAUCUAUGAGAAAGCCGCGGAGAAUGUGAGGAGGUACACGGAACGGGAGCCGACACAGUUUGAAGAGUGGGUGAAGGAGAACAAGGCGUCAUUUGCGUAGCUUGGAUGUUAGUAUCAGUCGACAGGAAUACUCAAUGACGUGCAUGGCCAUGAACAGGGCUAAAAGCAAAG